CAGUCUGCGGUCAGUACAGUCUGGUACAGUUGUCGAUUGUCCCCUACCUGGGGGAACUUGUCGCAAGACAAUACGUUAACAUCAACGUUUUAAUUUCAUUAUGUGGCUUUACUGCUGAAAAUUAUGUUUGGUAUACGUAAUAUUCAGAGAGUUUGCGUCUCAGCUUCUUCCGUCAGAGUCAUCUCCAAGGCGAAAUACUCGCGGCGAAGCGACAGAAACACCAGUAGUUACAAACUUGUCAAAUCUAACAACGAUGCCCUUAAUGAAGUUGAUAACCACAUUUUUGGAGCAAACUCCAACUGGGAACUUUUAACGCCACAUGGUUUUCGUUUCUACCUGCCUGGAGGUAUUGGCCCUGGUUGGCUAGAUUCAUCGACCACAGCUCAAGUCGAAGUUUACUCUGCGCUAGUGCCAAAUGUUAAUGAUAGACCAGGAAGUGAGCAAAAACAGAACAUUGUCAGCCGCAAAGAAACUUUUUCUAUUCUACAUUGCACUGCCCAAGAGUGCCCAACAUUACUAAGGAAAGAUAUUUUAGAGCUGUUUCCCAACUGCCUAGAGGUCGCGUCUCCACAGUUAACCAUAAUUACCAUUAGUCAAAAAUCUAAUAAAAAAAAGACGAAAUGGAAUAAAGAAAAUGAAACAGAACGAUUGGCACAACAUUUUGUUCUGGCUGCAUCGGAUAUAUGUAAAAAAUUGAAAAUGUGUGGUUACUGGGCAGACUUUAUCAAUCCCUUCAGUGGUCAGCCUUAUUCAAAUCCUCACAAGAGCAGCACACUUUAUACGACAGACCAACGUUUUCGCUGUGUGGGAUUUACUGUGGACAGGCAGAGAAAUUGUAAAAUCAUAUCACAUGUUACAGAUUCAAAGAACUUUAUUGGAAAUCUUUAUACCAAUGCCACGCAGGUAGAUUUUCUCAAAGAUAUAAUGAGUGAUAUUAUUGAUGACUCGCAUUGAGACGUGACUGUAAAGAUGGUCAUAAAAUUUUGUGUACCAGUCAUUGAAUGAUAAGGCGCACUUACAUCUAUAGCAAAAUCGCUAAAGAUAAAUUUUCAAGUGAGUUGUACAAAAUGCAAAAGGUGAAGUGAAAAUUAAAUUUUUUUGUUUUUUUGUUUUUUAAUAGCUACUACUUUGACUCAUGAUUAACCAAUCAAAUGUACACUGAUAAAGUAAAACCGAUGAUAUUGAAGAAUAUUUUAAAUUAUAAUUAUUGUUGAAAAAUGUUGAAAUAAAUUUGCAUGAUUGGCUGCAAAAGUUACUUGCAACCAACUAUGUGAUAUGAAAACUAAA